AUGCGCCACGUUCCUGCGCUGUUCCUGGCCUUUGCCGCUGCUGUCUCGGCCACUACCUCCUGCAGCACCUCGCAGCAAUGCCCUGAAGAAGCCCCCUGCUGCUCUCAAUACGGCCAAUGCGGCACAGGAACCUACUGCCUCGGCGGCUGCGAUCCUCUCUCCUCCUUCUCGCUGGACUCAUGUGCCCCCGCCCCCAUCUGCAAGAACCAGACCUACUCCUGGGAUAACCUGGACAAUGCCAUCCUGUACGACCAGUUCCUGGGUAACGCGACCAAAUACGACUGGGUGUACAGCGGUUAUCCCAAGGUGGAAAAUGGCAGUCUGAUGCUUACCAUGCCCAACCAGACUACGGGUAGUUUGGUCUCGCUCAACCACUAUAUCUGGUAUGGAAAGGUGUCGGCCAAGGUGAAGAGUAGCCGGGGAGGGGGUGUUAUAACAGGAUUCAUUCUCAUGUCGGAUGAUAAGGAUGAGAUUGACUAUGAGUGGGUGGGAUAUAACUUGACCAGUGUGCAAACGGACUUCUACUUCCAGGGUGUUCAGAACUACAGCAACGAAGUCACCGUCCCCGUCGACUCCAACACCUACAGCGACUGGCACGAAUACACCAUCGACUGGAAACCCGACGCCAUCGACUGGCUCGUCGACGGCAAGGUCCUGCACACUCUGACCAAGAACUCAACGUACAAUGCCACCGCCAACCGCUACCAGUUCCCGCAGAGUCCCUCCCGUCUGGAAAUGUCGCUGUGGCCCGGUGGUCUCAGCACCGCAGGCACCGGCACCAUCGAGUGGGCUGGUGGUCUCGUCGACUGGGACAGCGACGACAUCAAGGAGUACGGCUACUACUACGCCAUGUACAAGGACAUCACGAUUGAAUGCUACAGUCCCCCCGAGGGCACGAUCGUCAAGGGCGACAAGUCGUACGUCUACACCAGCUACAGCGGACUGUCGGAGACUUUUGAAGUUUCCGGAAAUGAUACCGUCCUGAACAACCUCCAGGAUACAGGGCUGAACAUGACUGCGGGAUCUAAGACAGACUCGAGCAGCUCGUCUGGCUCUUCUUCCGGCUCUGGCAGUGGCAGUGGCAGUGGCUCUAGCUCUGGAUCUGACUCUGGCGAUGGCAAGGAGAGCGGUGCUUCCUCUCGCAGCGAGAACAUCAUGCAGGGAUCGCUGCUUGCUGCAUUCAGUGCGGCUGUUGUGUUCAGUCUCAUGUGA